AUGAUGUGGAACUUGACCAUAAAGUCCCAUGUUGAUAUGGGACUAUUUCAUUCAGCUUUCUCAUUCUACAAACAAAUGAGAAAAUUGGGUGUUCAACAUGAUACUUUCACUUUUCCGAUUAUUAACCGGGCUUUAUCGUCUUUAAAGACUGAUUUUUUAUAUGGAAAGAUGAUCCAUUGUGUAGCAAUUCAAAUGGGUUUGGAUUUGGAUAUGUAUUUUUGUAAUACCAUGAUUGAUGUAUAUGUCAAAUGUGGCUGCUUUGAUUACGGUCGCCACUUGUUUGAUUUAAUGUCUCAGAGAGAUGUGGUUUCGUGGACUUUGAUGAUUUCUGGAUAUGUUUCUAUGAGCAGUGUUAGUGUUGCACUUGAUUUGUUUAACAAGAUGAGGAUGGAAAUGGAACCGAAUUCGGUUACUCUUAUUGUAAUGUUGCAGGCGUGUUGUGCAUCUGCCACGUUGAAUGAGGGAACUCAGAUUCAUGGGCAUGCAGUGAAAAGCGGGUUGAUAAUCGAUUCGUCUGUGAAAAAUUCAGUUUUGAAAAUGUAUUCUAGUAAAGGAAGUGCUGAAGAAGUGGAAGUUUUGUUUAGUGAAAUAAACCGAAUGGACGUGGCUUCGUGGAAUAUUUUGAUUUCGUUUUAUUCGUCAAAAGGGGACAUGAUGAGAGUUGCUUGUUUGUUCAAUGAAAUACGGAGGCUAGAAUUGAACUUGUGGAACAUCGAGACUUUGACGUUAGUUGUAUCGGCAUUUGCAAAGUCUGGUAGUUUAUUUGAGGGUGAAGGUAUGCAUUGCUUAGUGAUAAAAACAGGUUUUCUCGACGAUAUUUUGCUGACUUCUCUGCUUGAUUUCUAUUCUAAGUGUGGGAAAUUAGAAAUAUCAGUUCAACUGUUUAAGGAAAUUCGUUUUAAAAGUAACAUCACUUGGGGUGCUAUGAUGUCAGGUUUCAUUCAAAAUGGUUAUUUUAUAGAUGCCAUUUUUCUAUUCAAAAAAAUGCAAACAGAUGAUCUUGUUAUUAUUGCUCCUGAAAUUUGGAGAAAUCUACUUGAUGCAUAUGCAAACCUAGGAGCUUUGAAAUUGGGAAAAGUGGUGCAUGGUUACCUUAUAAAACAACUUUUUGAUGAAUCUUUUCAAAGUAAUGCACACUUGGAUACUUCUGUCUUAAACAUGUACUUACGAGGUGGUAGCAUCUCUUCGGCUAGACAAGUUUUUGAUAGGAUUCUUGUCAAAGAUGUUGUAGCAUGGACAACAAUGAUUGAGGGGCUUGGUUCCCAUGGUUUCGGUUAUGAAGCACUAAAUUAUUUUAAUUCAAUGAUUGAACAAAGAGUGCAGCCGAAUGGAAUCACCUUCUUGAGCUUACUGUCUGCUUGCAGUCACUCUGGUCUUCUUAGUGAAGGCUGCAAAGUUUACCAUACCAUGAAAUGGGGUUAUGGUAUUGAACCGGGUUUGGAUCAUCAUACAUGUAUCGUUGAUCUUUUCGGUCGUUGCGGCAUGCUUAAAGAGGCAUUAAUGAUAAUAUUGAAAAUGAAAAUUCUACCUGACAGUAGGAUUUGGGGUGCUCUUUUAGCAGCUUCUAGAGUUUAUGGAAAUAAAAUGAUUGGUGAAUAUGUAGCACAAAGAGUUUUGGAGUUAGAAUCUGAUAAUGCCGGAUACUAUACUUUGUUGAGUAAUGUUAAAGCAAGUGUUGGAAGAUGGAAUGAAGUUGAAGAUUUGAGGAGAGUUAUGAGUGAAAAGAAUCUUAAGAAGAAACCAGGGUGGAGUUGUAUUGAGGUAAAAGGGGUUAUUCAAGGAUUUGUUUCUGGAGAUAUUUCACACUCUAAAGCAGAUGAAUUUUGUGAGAUGUUGUGUAGAUUGAGUAGAGCAACAUAG